AUGGGCCUUAGCAAAGAGACCCGCAUCAUCACCCUCCUGGCGAUUGAUGUCGUCUUCUUCUUUGUCGAAAUCAUCACUGGUUAUGCCGUCGGCUCGCUCGCUCUUGUCGCUGACUCGUUCCACAUGCUUAACGAUGUCAUGUCUCUCAUUGUCGCGCUUUGGGCUGUAAAGCUCUCAACCAAGUCUUCCGAUCACCGUUUCAGCUACGGAUGGCAGCGUGCAGAGAUUCUCGGUGCUCUUGUAAAUGGUGUCUUCCUUCUCGCGCUUUGCUUCAGUAUCUUCAUGGAGGCUAUUCAGCGAUUUGUCAAUGUGACGGAGGUGACCAACCCAAAGCUGGUUGUUAUCGUCGGCUGUCUCGGUCUGGCGAGCAAUCUUGUUGGUCUCCUGCUCUUCCACGAUCACGGCCAUGCACAUGGCGGACACGGUCACAGCCAUGGCAGCCGCAGUCACGCUCACAGCCACGCUGUCACUCACGGCUCAGGCCACGAUCACGGUGAUGCUCACCAGGAUGAGGCGGCUGUCGGUGACGCUGUUACCCCCGCCUCGAUCGGCCGCAAGAGGACCACCACCAGCAACGACGAUGGUGUCAUCGGCAGUCCCGUUGCUAAGCGAGGCCGUGGUCGUCAGGACAGUGUCGGCUCUAUCCUUGGUCACCCUGCUCAAACUCGUGCUUUCGUUGUACAGACUGCUCACGAUCUUGGCUAUGACGGCUCUUCCCGACACCAGCAUAGCGACUCCAUCACAUCUCAAAGCGAGCGGACGCGUUUGCUAGGCAACGGCUCCAACGACUACGGCUCCACCGAUGUCAAUGCAGCUGAUCUCGAAGCCGGUGCCACUUCCCCCACCGCGCGCAAGAACGCCCAUUCCCACGAUCAAGACUCCCACGCUGGCCACAAUCACGCCUCCGACGAUCACGUACACGAUGGCCCAGGCCACGGUCACUCCCACGCUGGCGGACACAGCCACGGCGAAGGUAGCAUGAACAUGCAAGGUGUUUUCCUCCACGUCCUUGGUGACGCCCUCGGUAACGUCGGUGUCAUCGCAGCAGGUCUUCUCAUCAUGUACUCGGAUGCAUGGUGGAGAUUCUACUCUGACCCAGCCAUCUCUUUCCUCAUCACCAUCAUCAUCUUCCACUCCGCUCUACCCCUCUGCAAAUCCGCAUCCUACAUCCUCCUCCAAGGCGUUCCAGCAUCCGUAUCACUCGAAGCCGUCCGUCAAUCCAUCCAGAGCGUCGAUGGGGUUCUCAACCUCCACGAACUCCAUGUAUGGCAGUUGUCCGAAAGCAAGAUCGUCGCCUCAGUCCACGUCUUGGUCGCAUGUUCUUCCGGUCACACUGAAAAGUACAUGGGUAUCGCAGCUAAGAUUAGAGCAAAUCUGCACAGUUGGGGCAUUCACUCGAGUACCAUUCAGCCCGAAUUUGUACCUGGCGGAUUAAGAGAGGCGGCGAUUUUGAGCGGUGUACAGGUGGCAGAGAGCGACGAACAUGGAAGGUUAAGAACCGUGGAAGGUAGAUUGGUCGAGAAUGAAGUGCAGAAAGUGGAUACUGCUUGUUUAAUCUCCUGUGGACAAGAUAAUUCUUGUCAGACGGAAAGCUGCUGUCCUCCAACUAACAGCACUAGUGCUUCGGGAACUGCCACUCCGGCUGCCAGCGGAAAUGACCGUUCAUAG